AACAGCUGCUUCAAUAAAUUGUAAAAUAUUAUUUUUAUUAAAAUUCAUUAAUUUUUUUAACUUUGUACUAUUUAAGUCCGUAACGUGUGUAAGUGCCUUUGCCAUAUCUAUUGCUGUUUGAGUUCGUUGUGGUUAUAGUUAGUAAAUAAUUGCAAUUAAAAGUGAAAUUCGGUACAUCCCCGGAAAACAAAAAAGACAAAGAGGUUUGCCUCUUUGUGUGUGCCUAUAUAGAUAUAUAUGUAUGUAUGUUUGCCACUAAUAUUAAGCCACGUAGCAUAUCACAGAUAAGAACUAUCCCUUCAAUUCUAAGACAUACGUGGGAUUUGCAAUUCAUACAUAUGCUUGUAUAGUGCAUACAGUGAUUGGAAGCACAAGUGUUAUUUGAUACUGCAAAGAACAAAGACCCAAUGCCUGCUAACGCGAUGACAACCCCACCCAAGGAAAUGCAAGUACGUAGUUAUCAAUCGCGUCUGGUUGACUAUCUAACUGAGCGCAAUGGGAUAGUCUAUUUGCCCACAGGAGCCGGCAAAACCUUUGUGGCCAUCCUGACACUAAAACGUUUCUCAUUGGACUUUGAUAAAACCAUCGAGGAUGGCGGAAAACGAGCUAUAUUCAUGUGCAACACUGUCGAAUUAGCCCGUCAACAGGCAUUGGCUUGUAGAUCACUUACAAAUUUCAAAGUUGGAUUUUAUGUAGGCGAUCAAGGUGUCGAUGAAUGGAGUAGAUCCAAAUGGGAUGUUGAAAUAAGAGAAAAACAAGUUCUUGUUGGCACUGCCCAGGUCAUGUUGGACCUGAUGCUUCACGCCCAUCUGUCUCUGGGCUCCGUAAGCAUUGUGAUUAUAGAUGAAUGUCAUCAUGGCACCGGACGUCAUCCGUUUCGUGAAUUUAUGCGUUUAUUUCUACACGUUCGGCCUAAUGUGCAACUGCCACGAGUUGUUGGGCUUACCGGAGUCUUGAUCAAGGGCAAUGAGAUCAACAAUGUGAAAAAAAUGUUGAAAAAUCUGGAGACAACAUAUCAUGGCAAUAUUAUCACCGUGUCCGAUAUGAAAGAAAUGGAGAAUGUCAUGCUUUACUCGACCAAGCCCAAGGAGUUUUUUUUGUUAUAUGGCUAUGGAACUCAUAAAUUUGAGCUCAUAGAUACUAUUAAAUAUUACAUUGAAGCGUUUCACAAGAAGUUGGACAAUUACGAUAUUGGCAAACAACCAGUCCGUUUCUCCAAUGGUCUGCAGCAGCAGCGGGAGCCAAACAAGAAAAAUUUUGCAAAAAGUCUACUUAAUGAUUUUAUUUAUCAACUGGAAGAGUAUGGUAUCUACGUGGCGUCUAUAGCAGUCGUUGCUUUACUAGUUGAGUUUGAAAUAAAGAAACGACAGGCCGAGACGCUGGUCUUAAGAUCAAUAUACCGAAUGGCCAUUAGUCUAUGUGAUAAUAUUCGACAUUUCCUUGUAAGCAAAUUGAGGGAAGACAUAGAUGAUGAUAUGUCUGAUGACAAUGUGGACACCGAAGAAAACAUUUACAAUUUUUCUACCCCUCGAGUGCAAAGAUUUCUUCAUUAUUUAAAGCAAACCUUUAGCAACAAGAAUCCAAAGGAUAUAUGCUGUCUAGUAUUUGUAGAACGAAGGUACACAUGUAAGAGCAUCUACGGUAUGCUUCUUAAGUAUAUCGCCUCAGUGCCGGAGUUGAAGAAUGUACUGGUGCCGCAGUUUAUGGUGGGACGGAAUGGAAUCAAUCAAAAUUUCGAUACCGUACUGGAACGAAAAUGGCAAAACUCAGCCAUUCAACAAUUUCGAGAUGGCGAGGCAAAUCUAAUGAUAUGCUCAUCCGUAUUAGAGGAGGGCAUCGAUGUGCAGGCCUGUAAUUAUGUUAUUAUACUGGAUCCAUUGAAGACAUUUAACUCAUAUGUGCAAACAAAGGGACGGGCUCGGUCUAAAGAUGCUGUUUUUCUUAUCCUAGCGUCGGAAUCUGAAAAGCCAAAGACUGCGAAGAGAAUUAUGGACUAUCAGAAUGCUCAUAGAGAUAUAGCCAAUUAUCUGCAGGAUCGUGUCCUGGAGCGUGCCGAGCCAAAAAUGGAUGAAAUAAACGAACAUUUUAGAGAUAUAAUUCCGCCUUAUAUCAAUGAGACAGGUUCUUUGCUUCUGGCCAGUAGUGCGCUAGCAUUGCUACAUCGUUAUUGUCAAACCUUACCAUCCGAUGCAUUUGGUUUCAAUAUGCCGUGGUACAAAUUGCUUAACCCAGACGAACGUGUGCAACAUUUUGGCAAAAGUGCUGAAACUAAGCAAGUGGUUUCCAUUAAUCUGCCACUUAGCACCAAGCUAAGGAGUACCAUAUAUAGUGAUCUUAUGAAUUGCAAUAAAUCAGCUAAAAUUUCGGCUGCCUUCAAUGUGUGUAAGGAACUUUAUAAACUUGGAGAGCUCAAUCAAAAAUUUCUGCCAACUACAUUAACUGACCGCCUAAAAGAUGUUUCUGAUAUCCAUUUUAAGCACUGGAAGAAAUACGGCGACGAUGUAACCAAAACAAACCGUAAGGAAGAUAAAUCAGGCAAUACCAGCAAAUAUCCUGUCAACUGUCCCACCCAAUUGUAUGAUACACGUCCUCGUGUGGGUGAGACCUGUUAUGCUUAUGAGAUAUUAUUGAAGCCACAUUUCGAGCGCAAUGAAUACACGGCCCAUAUGCACGAUGCCUUACAGACGGGGCGUGGGUAUGCCUUGCUCUUGCGUAAGCGACUACCACCUCUGGCCGAAAUGCCAUUGUUCAGCAGUCAUGGAAAGAUUCAUGUAUCGGUCGCUGAGCAGCCGCAUGAAGUGAUUUUGAAAACUGAAGAGCAAUUGGAUCAUCUGCAUCAAUUCCAUAUUAUGCUGUUUAGGGAUAUCUUGAAAAUUUGGCAGUCCUACUUUGUGCUUGAUAAACGCAGCAAGGAGAAUUCCUAUCUGGUGGUCCCCUUGGAUAUUAAAUCCAGCGGAAAAGGGGAGGGCAAUAUAAUAGAUUGGAAUCUAGUGACGCAGUUCUAUCGUGGUCUACCACAAUCAAGAACUCUAAGCCCGGAUCAGAGACGCAGGCAAGAACCACCAUGCCCGGAUGACUUUGAGGGUAAAAUUGUGACCCAAUGGUAUGCAAGUUAUCAAGAUAAACGGAUGUUGGUCACCAAGGUGCACAGGGAUAAGACCCCAUUUAGCAUGAUGGAAAGUAACCAAAGCGAAAAUAAUUAUUAUGACUACACCAUGUCCAAGUAUAAAAAUGUUAUCGGAGAUGUGGUCCAUCAAAAUCAGUGCCUUAUCGAAGUUCGUGAGUUAACACAGCAAUUAAAUUUCUAUAUAGCACAUCGAGUAAAAACGUCGGGUCAGAGCAAAGCUCGUGCGCGAAUUAUUUUAAUACCCGAGCUAUGCUUCAAUUUUCAAUUUCCCGGCGAUCUUUGGGCAAAAUUACUCUUUCUGCCAAGCAUUCUGAAUCGUUUGCAUUACCUGCUUCAUGCAGAGGCACUGCGUCAGCGUAUGAAUACUUACUUGGGACUACAUGUGCUACCACAAAAUGGUCCAAAUUAUCGGCCCAAAGUGCUGGAUGUCGAUUUGUCGUUGCGCCGCAAUGUGGAUUCUACAGGAAAUGCAGUUAGCAUGGAAGUUGAGGAACCACGCUCCAUGUUGGAUCCAUUGCCCACCAAACAAUUAGAGGUAUCAAUGGAUCGUCUUCAGAUUAGUGAUCUAGAAGCACCCUGGCAAAGUUAUAUGGAACCAGUAGACUUGAGUCGCAACAUGAUGUUGACUCAUCCAGUUGAACUUGCUUAUUACUGUCAAUUCACCAGCGGCCAGAUUGUCAAAUUUGACAAGAUAGAGGAAGAGGACAAAGAAUUCUGGAUGGAGACGCAAUUCAAAAUGUCCAAGGGAAAUAUUUACGACUAUAACACUACGGCGAACGAAUCUCUACCAGCCCUGCUACCCAACUCGAAUCCAAUAACUCCAGUCGAGCAGCUAUCGGUGUUGCAGAAAACCAUUUCCAAUGAACACAUCACUCCCGCCGAGCAGAGUGAAUUUCUAACAGCGAUUACAAGUUCCGGAUGCUCGGAUGUCUUUGAUAUGGAGCGUUUGGAAUUGUUGGGUGAUAGUUUUCUAAAGAUGAGUGCAACAUUAUAUUUGUCAAGCAUUCAUAGCAACUGGAACGAAGGCGUUCUCACCCAAAUAAAAUCCACAUUGGUGUCCAAUCGCAAUCUUUUAUAUUGCAUGAACGAAACCGAUAUUCCUUCGAGAAUCAAUAGCACCUUGUUCACUCCCAAGUACACCUGGAAACCGCCUGGCCUUAGUUUGCCACAUAAUAUAUUAAAUCUAUGGCAGGAACAGCCAGAAGUCGCCAAAUUUGUAUUACCAAGAAAUCUGUGUGCCCUACAACUUACUGAGGAAGAGAUUUUCUCAUUGGGAAAAUUAACCCCGGCAAACUUUGAAAAGUUUUUGGAAAGCUGUCAGGCCAACACGAAUUACACCAGUACGGAUUAUGAAUCUGAAAUGAAUUUCUGUAUCGGUAAAUCAAAACUGUCAAACAAAGUGGUCGCCGACACGUUGGAAGCUCUCCUUGGCGUUAUUGUUAAGAACUAUGGUGUUCAGCAUGGUUUCCGCAUUUUGGAAUAUUUUGGCAUCUGCAAGCAGGUAGACAUUGGCAAGCCAUUGUCCCAACUUCUUGACCUUCAAUUGGGUAGCACUCGUACACGAGCGGAUCGUGAUCCUCGUGAGAUUGAUGGACUACUCAUCAAUUAUCAUUAUUUGGAGCGAAAUCUUGGAUACACCUUCAAAGAUCGCGCCUAUUUACUACAGGCUCUCACACAUCCAUCGAAUCCCACUAACCGUUUGACUGGCUGCUAUCAAGAGUUGGAGUUUAUUGGUGAUGCCAUUUUGGAUUUCCUAAUCUCAGCAUAUAUUUUUGAGCGAAAUAUCCGCAUGAAUCCUGGCCAACUGACAGAUUUGCGAUCCGCUUUGGUCAAUAACACAACAUUGGCCUGCAUUUGUGUUAGGCAUCGGUUCCAUUUAUUCAUUUUGGCUGAAAAUACACUACUUACCGAAUCCAUCAAUAGUUUUGUGGAUUUCCAGGAAAAACAUAUGCACCGUGUAACCCAUCAUGUGCGAAUACUUCUUGAAGAAAACGAUAUACAAUGUCACAAUCCCUUGGACGAGGAAGAUGAAUUGGAAAUGGCCGACAAUUUGUCUACCAACGAUGAACCGCUAGCCAAGGGUAACUUGAAUAUGUCGGAAAAUGUAGAUGUGCCCAAGGCCUUGGGUGAUGUUGUAGAAGCCUUAAUUGCAGCCGUGUAUCUUGAUUGCAAGGAUUUACAAAAAACCUGGGAAGUGGUAUACAGACUCUUUGAGCCUGAACUUAUUGAAUUCUCACGCAAUGUGCCUAUAAAUCCUCUUCGUCAACUCAAUGAGCAUAGGCUAGCUAAACCGAUAUUCAGUCCUGCCAUUAUGGAUGAGGGUAAGGUGAUGGUUAGUUGCUUAUUCACCUGCAAUGAGAAAACCAUUAAGGUCUAUGGAUUUGGUACCAACAACAGCCAAGCUAAGCUGGCGGCAGCAAAACACGCUCUACGCAAACUUGCCAAGAGCGAAGCUUAGAUUCCAGUUAAAGCUAAUGGAACCACAUGCAUCAAUUUGCGAAUAUCAGGCGUUUAGGAUUUACAGACUGUAAGUCCUGAUCGCCUUAUAAUCGCAAAUUAAUACUUGGAGUUAGUUUGUAUCCAGCAUUUAAUAAAUAUGCUAAUUAAUAGGAGACUGGCUUUUAAAGCUGAGAAUUUUUUUUAGACCCAUUAAAUUAAGUCUUUUAAAUUGUUU